AUGGACCAAAUGCUGGACCUGCUGUUGGCCAAUCAGAGGAGGAGCGGCGCCCAGAAGAAGAAGAAGCCCGCCACCCUGACGCAGGAGGCCGCGCCGCCCUCGCCGCCUAAGGAGGAAGAACAGGAGGGAGAAGAGGAAGAAGAGGAGGAAGAGGAGGAAGGGGAGGUGUCAGACAUGCCCUCGGUCCAGAUCAAAACUGAGCCAGAGGAGAUGGAGUGCACGGGUGACAUCGGCGAUGAGUGUUCCCACCAAACCAAUCCCGACGUUAAGACAGAAACAUGGAUCUGCAAAGCCGAGCCGUCCUCAUCGAGCCCGACCCCCGCCGAUGACCAGACGGAACCGGUCGACCUGUCCCUCCACAAGCCCCGCUCGUCUUCGCUGCCUCCCGCCACCGUCAGUGUGGCCCUCAACCCGGCGCCUGGAAGCGGCCCGGCGCCGCCCGGACUGACAGCCACGCCUGUCACUUCCACCGUACAGUCCAUAGGAUCCAUGGUUCUAUCGCCAGGCUCCAUUUUGGCCACGCAGGGCGCCGGCGGCCAGCAGAUCCUCCACGUCAUUCACACCAUCCCGUCGGUCACCAUGCCUAGCAAGGUGGGCCAGCUGCAGACCAUCCCUGUAGUGGUACAGUCCUUACCUGUGGUCUACACUGCCGUACCCGCGGACGGCGUUGCUUCCGCUACCGCUGCCAUCACUGUGCCGCUAAUUGGCAGCGACGGACGCUCAGAAGGCUCAGUCCGCAUCAAGCCAGGUUCCACGUCUCCGGUUGAAUAUCACAGCGAAAGCGACGCCGAGAGUGGAACCGAGUCCGGGUCGGCGUCACUCAGCGUCCAGAGCCUUGACGCCGGGUCGCUGUUGGAAUUGGACCCUGUCGACCCUGACUCACCGGACGUGAAGCGGCGGCGGAUCCACAUGUGCGACUACGAAGGCUGCAAAAAAGUUUACACUAAGAGUUCGCACCUCAAAGCCCACCGACGGAUACACACAGGAGAGAAACCGUACCACUGCACCUGGGAGGGCUGCACCUGGCGCUUCGCCCGCUCCGAUGAGCUGACCCGGCACUUCCGCAAGCACACGGGCAUCAAGCCAUUCCGCUGUACCGAGUGCGACCGCUCCUUCUCGCGCUCUGACCACCUGUCCCUGCACCGCCGCCGCCACGUCAUGAUGUGA